UUCAUGGCGCCAAACACAUCUCGAUCUCUGGCUAGUACUGUACUGUGUUCUGGGCUGUACUCUGGCCAAGUGUUUCGCAUUCUUUUGAGAGUGAGCCGUGGUCAUCAUGUCGAUCUCAUCGGAGGGGGCUGAGAAGGUCGUGUUUCCUACCACAGAAUGGGAAAACAACAUUACCGUAAUUCCGCGCGUCAGCGAAGAGAGUAUGUUGAGAUAUUACACAAGCAGGCCAGGCACUGCGCGCAACCGCAACGUCAAUCCCUUUGUGCUAUCGUCUACAUUCCAGAGCAACAUCUCCAAAAUAAGUGAUGGGCUUGUCUUCGUCAAGGCAAGUUGCUACCGAAAUGCAGAACGAGAGUCAACCUAUCCCGUCUUCGCUGCCAUAAACUCCAAAGGAGAAAUCAUUAGUGGCAGCUGUAAAUGUGUGAAUGGACGAAGUGCCUGCAAUCACCUGAUGGGAACCCUCAAAACCGUUCAACUGCUGCAGUCGAGGGGCUUUGCGAAAGUACCACAGAAGCUCCGAUGCACCAACCUCAGAGAAGAAGAAUUGGUAGACGAUUUCAGGCAUCAGAUGCAGAAACUAUUCCCUCGCCGCUGUCGCCGAUUUCAGAUGCCCCGCCAAAGCAUACAGGAGCAGGAGGAGUCAACGGAACGUUUCCGUAAAGCUCUGCUUGAACAUGCCCCUAAUUCUCUUAUGGCGCUAUAUAUGCCUGAACCACCGCUCUCAUACGAGAUGACUAAAAGCGGUCCCGCCCCGGUACGGACUCCUGCGACAUACCAGGAACCUCUUCUGUGCUAUCAAUUCAGAGAAGCCUUGGGCUAUCCCUGAGCAUUGUAGUGAACACCUUUAGUGCUAUUUUAUUGUAUGUUCAUAAUAGGUGAAGCUGAAUGCGAUGCUUGCGUUCUGAGUGAAUCUCAAUAAAGAAAAGUUGGAAAUGCAUGUGA